UUUUCCAAUUACUUUAGGGUCGCUAUUACGAUUUUUUGAGUUAUAAGACUGAAAAAAAUGUUAAAAUGAUCAAAAAAUAUUGCGUUGCUAAUUUAAUGUUAGGAAAAAAAAUAAUCGUUUAACAUCAACUAUUAAGUCAUUUUUGUUUAUUUACUUAUUUAAAAAAAAAUUCACUUAACAAAACACAGAAAGUGCAUCACAAGACCUUGAUCUUUGAAUAGCAAACAGGCUUUAUUGAACUUUACUCCGAUUUUCAUCUACUUGGAAUACAUUCAAACAUUUAAUCUUAUUUAACCCUUUUAUUUAUACGUAACCAUGUUCUUAAUUGCGGUCGUUGUUGUUUUAAUUUUGAUAUAUUUUUUUCUAAAACCGGGGAAAAACACAACAAAUAUUGAGGAUUUCCCUGAACCUCCAUCGGUGUUAUUUUUUGGUCAUGCACUUGACGUCAAAUCGACCACAGAAGUUCUUGACGUAACAAGCAAUUAUGUCAAAAAUUAUGGAAAAAUCGUGAAACUCAGAUUGGGGCCUUUCUUCAAAGCCCUUCUGGUAACGGAUUACAAACUAGUCGAGUUUUUUCUAAGCAGCAAUUCAAUUUUAACAAAAUCACUCAAUUAUGGAUUUGCAAGGUCGUGGCUCGGAAGUGGCUUAAUACUGGCCAAUGGAAUGCAUUGGAAGCAACACCGGAAAAUUCUCACACCUGCUUUUCAUUUCGAAAUUUUGAAAAAAUAUGUUGACAUUUUUGAGUCAGUUGGGAAGGUUUUAAUCGAGAAAUUGGAAACUCUAAAUGAAAAGGAAAGUGUGGAUUUGGACUUUUUGGUACCACUCUGCACCCUAGAUGUAAUUUGUGAGACCGCAAUGGGGACGCAAAUCAACGCCCAAAAGGGCGAAAAUUUGGAAUAUGUGCACAGUGUGAAGGAAAUGUGCCGAAUUAUAGUCGCUAGGUUUUUGUCACCUUUCAAAAUUUUCAAAUGGACUUAUUGGAUGACGAAUGAUUUUUACGUUGAGCGCAAAAUAGUAAACAUUUUGCACGCUUUUACCUCUAAAGUUAUCGAAAGGAGAAAAAUGGAGCGUAAUGUAGGGGGAAACAGCAAGAAAAUGUCGUUUUUAGAUUUGCUGUUGAAAUUUUCCGAAAGUGAAAAAUUGUCAGAUCGAGAUAUUUGUGAGGAAGUGGACACUUUUAUGUUUGCGGGUCAUGAUACUACAGCAGCCAGUGUUUGUUUCGCACUGUAUCUUUUGGCCAAUAAUCCGAAAGUUCAGGAGAAAGUUUUCAGUGAACAAAAAGAUUUGUUUGGGGACGAAAAAAACCCUCUUGUUACAUAUCAAGAAUUGCAAAAUAUGAAAUACUUGGAAUAUGUUAUCAAAGAAACACUCAGAUUGUAUCCUUCAGUACCGGUGAUUGGAAGAUACUUGAAAGAAGAUACAAAAUUUGGAAAUCGGGUGAUUUCUGCGAAAACAAACGUCGCGAUAUUUAUCUACGGUAUUCAUAGGAAUCCGGAAUAUUUUCCAGAUCCGGAAAAAUUCAACCCGGAGAGAUUUGAAAACAUGAAUAAUUUUCCUCCGUAUGCUUACAUACCGUUUAGUGCCGGACCCAGAAAUUGCAUUGGCCAAAAAUUCGCCAUGUUGGAAAUGAAAAGUCUCAUUUCUAAAGUCAUCCGCCAUUUUGAAUUAAAACCAGCCAAUCCGCACCACCAGUUGGUUUUAGCCGCUGAAACUGUCCUAAAAUCGGCCAAUGGAAUUAAAAUUGGGAUUAGAGCGCGAAAUUCAAAUUAAAAUGUGACGACAAUAUUGGAGUUUUAUUU